UCCGGGGACUGGAGCGUGCGCCCUGAGGCAUGCUGGACGCGUGCGGGGUCUCUUCCGGAGUCUUUUCCUGGGCCGGGUCGCUGGGGUGAGUGUGUUUCGGCCUGGCCUGGGCAGGCCAUUGUGCUGCCGCGGCGCCGGGCCUGGGGAGGCCGGGGUCUCGGGUGGCCGCCGGCCCAGGCGCUGGACCGCCCAGCAGGAUGGUGAAGGCGAAGGUCCCCGCCUCCAAGCGCGCCCCGAGCAGCCCCGUGGCUAAGCCGAGUCCUGUCAAGACGCUCACUCGGAAGAAAAACAAGAAGAAAAAAAGGUUUUGGAAAAGCAAGGCGCAGGAAGUAAGCAAGAAGCCAGGAAGCGGCCCUGGUGUUGUGGUGCGACCUCCAAAGGCACCAGAAGACUUUUCUCAAAACUGGAAGGCGCUGCAAGAGGCUCCAAGAUGGACAGGAAGGCGCCAGUACCUUGCAGCAAGGCCGGUGGAGCAGAGCACAAUAAGAAAGGAACCAAGGAAAAGACAAAUAGUGAUACUGUUCCAGAACGGGGGGACAUCAAGCAUAAGAAGCGGAAAGCUAAGGAGGCAGCCCCGGCCCCACCCACCAAGAGAACAGCUUGAAGUUGUUCAGAAGGAAGUGGCAGAGAUGCUGAAGGGCAGAAUUCUAGUGGGACACGCUCUGCAUAAUGACCUGAAGGUACUGUUUCUUGAUCAUCCAAAAAAGAAGAUUCGAGACACGCAGAAAUAUAAACCUUUCAAGAGUCAAGUAAAGAGUGGAAGGCCGUCUCUGCGACUACUUUCAGAGAAGAUCCUUGGGCUCCAGGUCCAGCAGGCGGAGCACUGUUCGAUUCAGGAUGCCCAGGCAGCAAUGAGGCUGUACGUCAUGGUGAAGAAGGAGUGGGAGAGCAUGGCCCGAGACAGGCGUCCCCUGCUGACCGCUCCAGACCACUGCAGUGACGACAGCUAGCAGCCCUGCCCUGCUGCUGCUGCUGCCCCCCUACAGAGGCAAUGUGACCAGUCACAGGGACAGAUCACAUCUCCCCACAGUGUCUACUCUGGUGAAACCUUUUCAGAAUCAUGGCAGAGGGGCAUGGCGUGGUGCUACUGAGAACGUCCUCCUUCCUCUUGACUUUGUGGUCUGAGACCUAGUCUUACUGUCCAUGUGUGUUUGGGCCCGGAUGGUCGGGGUGGGGAGCAGGGAGGAAGCCAGGAUGUGGACAGCAGGGGCUGCCAUGAGCAUGCCUGGCCAUGCUUCACCAACUGCUGACUGCCUGGGCGAGGCGAGGAUGGGGCCUCUGGGCCGCCAGCUUGUACAGUGCUGUCACCGCCCAUCUUCGGUGACCAGUCACCCUGGGGUGAGGUGCUCAGCACCUUCCUCUUGGGGGGCCACAUUUUCCUCCUUUGUCUUAGGGGACAUAACAAGCUCCGCUGGGCUUGAGGAGCCCAGACCCGGUGUCUGCAGUCAGCUCCUGAGACAUGGCUGGCCGGCACCACAGGUGUUACAUCAGGGCCUUCCUGUGGCUGUUUGGACUUUGAGCGUUUAUCUAAAUUGGCCCAGGGUUGGCUGGUGGGUCACCCAGCAGAGGCUUCUCCCCAUAGCGCAAGGAUGUGUCGCCUGGGCACAGUGACCACGGUUAUUCCUGGAGGUCGGCAGACGUGCCGACCUUGGGCUAUUUGAGCUAGAGAAGCUAUGUGAUGCUAGCCGGUGGCUUGCUUGGCUAGGCCCCGGUUUGAGACUCCCCUGGGAACUAGAGUCAGGAACAGCCAGUGGCACUGACUAGGGGAUGGAGUCCAAGGCGUUAUUGAGCCACCUGACAGCUGGAACAGGUGCAGAACAGGUGCAGACGCACCGAGGAUGUGAUUUAAAAUAAAUGCAGGCCGGGCGCGGUGGUUCAAGCCUGUAAUCCCAGCACUUUGGGAGACCGAGAUGGACGGAUCACGAGGUCAGGAGUUUGAGACCAUCCUGGCUAACACGGUGA